AUGUCAAAACGUUCUAAAAACUUUUAUAAUAAUUCUAAAUCAAAAUAUAAUCAUUAUAAUGAAGAUUCUCUCGAAGAAUUUUCAGAAGAAGAAUUGAAUGAUAAACAUUCUGAAGGAGAGGGAGUGGAGGAUAAGGAUAAUAAAUUAUCUGAGUCAGAAGAGAAACAAAAGAAUAUUUCAAAAAGCGAAAUGUUUAUAUUGCAG